AUGGCCCAUACCCCGAAAUACACCGAACUGGAGAGCGAGCACGACGAUCGACAAGCGUUCAACUGUCUCCUGCCGCCACACAGUGCUCAAACAUUCGCAACGUACGCCGACUUCGAGAUCCACUACACCCAAACGCACACCAACCGCUGCCGGGAAUGUAACAAGAACUUUCCCAGCGACCAUUUCCUGGACUUGCAUCUGACAGAGAACCACGACCCCAUCGUCGCCACCAGACGCGACAACGGCGAGAAAACGUACGUGUGUUUUGUCGAAGGCUGUGACAAGGUCUGCCAGGAUUGGAAAAAGCGGAGAAAUCAUCUCGUCGACAAACAUGGCUUUCCCAGGAACUAUAACUUCUUCAUCGUGAAUGAUGGGAUCGAUGGACGGUACAGCAUGUUGCGGCGGGGUGUUGAUGAGAAUGGUCAUAGGAAGAGUAGCAGGGAGCGUGGGAGGCGAGACUCGAGUGCAACGGUCACGACUCAGACGACUGAUGCAACCUCGUUGAGCUUGGCUAGUGAUUCGGUCGUGGAGGAGGAAAGUGAACGGGCUAGACCGAAGGCGUCGAUACCCAAGACGAGGUCUGAGAAGAAGGUGAUGCCGGCGAAGAGUAAGGAGGUCUCGGUGGAUGCUGUGACAAAGUCCAUGUCGUCUUUGCAGUUCGUGCCUCGAAGCGUGACCUUUGGGAAGAAGAAAGGGAAGUCGGGGUUCGCCAAACAGUGA